CUGGAACUUCUUAUCACACAGCUGAACAAACUAACUGUACAUUCGAAGUUUCUUCUCUACUGCGGAUAGGGGAACAAAACGUCGACGCCAUAAGCAAUAAAUUUACAUGGGAUAUUAACAUGGAUGCAGAGGGAUCUUAUCGGCUUGAGCUCGAACCACAGAAACAGAACGUCUUCGUAACGCAGUUACGGUAAAGUUGCUUUUAAUUUCAGUUUGUGCAUAUUUAACAGGCUAAAUAUACGAGAGUAUUCUCUUCAAAAAUUUUGCGGUUUUUCGUCGACAGGGAAGACGAGGAAGAUGAAAGCGAGGUUCGCAAAUUUCCCAUCGUUAAAGAGGUAUGUAGUGCAUGAAGUUCUUUCCGCAAUUAAUUCGUACACGUAGUUGUCCGUAACUCGCGUGUUUACCACUAUUGUUAACUUCGAAUUUUUUGUCACGGGUUUUGGUAAACAAUUUGUGGUAACUUCUGCCUAAAUCUAGAGGAUCUGUUAUGUGAAUGAUAUGUGUAGUUUAAUCCCGGAGAUUAAUAUACUCAAAAAGACUUGCACAUGAUGUAAGUCAGUUUAGAUUAACAAGCCGGAGGCAGACGAAACAUCUGUCAGGGGCAGAUUUAUCUGUUUUUAAAAUUUUGUGCGCAAAUGAGUGGUUAAUUUUGCUUCGAACUCUUUUUAUGUCGUUUAGGUAAAAGAUAUUAUAUGGAUGUAAAAAUAAAAUCAUUGCAAAAUCAAGAGUUAGUGUUUUCAUUGAAUUAAUAAAAAUGCGACAGAUACCAUAAUUAUUGUCAUUAACUAACAUAAAAAUGUUUUGAUCAUCAGUAAGUAAAAUGGUGGGAAGACAUGUAAGAUAUUAUUCAAGGAAAAUGAAAAGAAAUUACUUUCACCGUUUAUUUAAGAUAUCUUUGCCUGUAAACUGCCUCUCCAGAGUUAUACAGCUGUAGGCCCACCUUCCUCAAACCGGUAAAUGAAAAAAGCCUCUUUUUCAAAUGUACUGAAAUAAACUUGACUUAUUAUGAUGUUCUGAAGCUUAAUUAAAAACUAGUAAAUUCGAAAGGUAUUUUUCUAUAAUUUCCGGUUAUAUAAACCCCCUCGUGCCAAAAGUCUUGCUACAGCACUGAUCAUAUAUCUAUGUAUUCACACCCCUCUUUUGAUGUUAAUUGUUUUGCAGUCUGCAAGCAAACUACUUGACACAGGACUCAAUACUGUUCAGUCUACCCUGCUGCUCAAGAAACAAGUGGAAGUGGAAAAGGUGCAGGAAGACUUGGAUAUUAAAAGACGACAGUUUGCAGAGCGUAUGACAGCUUGCAAAAGGAAGGAGGAGGAGCUUAAAAAGAAGCAAACCCAGGUUUGUAUGUAUAAUUUUCAAAGAAAAUUUUGUAGACUGGUUAUUUCCCAAUUUCUACAUUGCUGGUUUUCCUUGUCACGUAUGUCAUUCAAAACAGAACAAAAUAAAAGUCAAAAAAAGUUCAAUGGACAAAGUCCAGAAUCUGGGAAAUGAAAUGAGGUAAAUAUGCAGAGACCCUUGCCAAGAUUCAGAGGAAUAAUUUGAUACAUACGAGAUAUCCGAAGAAAUGUUUUACCCAAAUUUAUAGAGAUUUAUAUGGAGAUGCUAUGGUGGUGCCCAUCCGGAUGGGCACCAACAUUGCGGAUGGAAGCCAACAGAAAGAUUGAGUUUUACCGAGUUUUGCUUCAAAAGCGUGAAUUUAUUCCUCGAGGAACUCAUAAACAUUAAAGUGAUAAUUUUUGUAAUGCAGGGUGUUCAUUAGGCAUCGGAGAUCGGAGUAUUCUUCAUUUACUACGCAGAAUUCUCCAGCUAAUGGUCAAUAGCCUUAGGACUAUUUUUUACUCAGACGUGUAGCCUCUCAAAAAUAAUAUUCUUCUGCAACGUUGAACCUUUCUCUUGCUGCUAGAAUUCUUAACCCGUUCGCUCCUGGAAAUUUUCCCAAAAAACACUUUUUGAAUCUAUGGUAGUUGAGUGGUUCUCUGGUCACUGUCAUGCUAUAAAGAACUAAAACGUACCACAAAGCCGUUUACAGCUCAUACACUUCGCAGCAUUCUGAUCCAGAUGCAAAUUAUAGGCUUGUUGAAGUUCAGGCAUGCACAGAAAGCAAAAUUUCGAGAUGUUUUUUGGGUUUAAAACUUUUAAAAAAAUUGAACUUUUUUGAAGCGAAAAUUUACUUGAAAAUUAGUUUUCAGCCACUCUAAUACAUCAUUCGACGUAAAAUCUCAGUAGGAUCGACAGCUUUGUAGUUUGAAUUUUAGUGGUCAACGUGAUGUGAAAACCAACAAUAGAUUACAGGCCUAUGCUUUUGCAGUACUGGUGGCUUAUGACAAAGAUUGUCCUUAAUUGGGAUCGAAAUGACAAAUGAUGACUUUUUUGGUUUAAGUAACUAAUAUUUGGAACUGGCCACUUAAAGGCCAUAAACUCCAGCACUUUUUACGGUGUCAGAGUACACGUAGCUCACUGCUACAGUCUCGAGCAAAACUUGACAGUCAUUGUCGAGCUACAUGACUCCAGAUUUCCGUUGCUAGGAAAGUCUUGUAUGAACAUUGUAUGUACACAACAAUAAAUAUGGCACAUGCAACUGAGUUCUCUCAGCAGGAGUCAAACCGGCUAUGACUUUCUGCUUACCAGUACAGAUGUUCUACACCACUGAGUUUCAGGAGACUCUUGAGAGCUCUUACUCUCCUUACUGUCAUUGUCAAAUAUUAGUUUUCCCCAAAAUAUUAUUUUUCCUAGAGUACGGCCUUGAAUAACCCUACUGUACUCUUUAUGUAUGUUCUGGCUUUUGGGUGGUGCGGGCAAACCUGUGUUAAUGGCAAGCUGUCCCCUAGCCUAAGAUUGCAGAGUAUAUCCAAUUUACUGGUCAAGCACAGGUUGACUAUAUUAAUACAAGUUUGACCACAACCAAAGAGUACCCAUGAAAGGAAGUUGCUGAAAAAGAAUGGUAUACAUCACAAGUCAAGUAAAUAUAUUGUAUCUUCCUUCCUUGUGUGCGUUCAACCUACCCCCGUACCUCAAAAAAAAAAUAAUAAUAAUGACAUCACAUUUACCUCCUUUUCAUCCCAACAGAUUCGUGAAAGAGUGAACAAGUUCGAAAAGUUCAUCGAAGAAAAUGAUGCAAAAAGAAGAAGAGCCAUCCAAAAGUACCAAACAGAAUUAAAACUUAAAAACCAGAAAAACGGAGAACUGGAUGUAUUAACUAUCGAGUUAGAACAGUUGAAAGCAAGGUGAGCCCUUGGAUGGAGGAAGAGGAUGGGGGGUUAGGGGUUAAAACUAAGUGAUAGAGGUAUGGUGUAUUAGAAAAUAUGCAAAUUAAUAAAAGAAACUGCUAGACCUUCUCAAAAAAUCUUACAAUGCUAAAGCUAUGCUAAAGCUUGCCUUGGCCUUAAAAAUAUGAAUUAGUGUGUGUAAAAUAUCUCCCUAAAAGUCACUAAAAUUUUAUACUAAGUAAGUCCAAUCACUAUACAACUGUAGGCUACAAUGAUUCCUGUACAAUAUUCAAAUGCAUUUAUAUUUUUUAUUUUAAUGCUUUAUUUUUAUCUAAAACUCUUCGGCAGGUUAAAUCAAUAAGAACUCUUGAGUGCUCAACAUAUUUUAAUGUUAUAAUUUUCAAAAAAGGCCACAUAAUUUCCAACAAGCCAAAAGUUGUCAAAUAAAUAGUUUCAAGUAAAGCACCCAAUCCGUUAUUGCAACAGUUUAAAUUAGGAUUGUGAUUGCAUUUUCAGACUUCUAAUGCUCUAGGUGAGGUGAUAUGUGUUUUUAGUGGUACUCAGCUUAUUAUUUUAAAGAGUUUUUACUUAUUUUACUUAAUAUCUGAACCAAAAGCCCUUCUCAGUACCUUUGCUAAACACUUUAAGUGAUAUUAAUAAUAAAUUUAUUUAUUAUUUGUAUUAUUCAGGAAUGAGGGUCUACAAGCAAAACUGGCCAAGUAUUCUGUUUAUGAAAAAUUCCUGAUGAAAGUUCUUGACCAGUUACCAGAAGGUACAAUAUUUCUGAUUAUUAUUAUGCAUUGUACUCAGUAUCUAUCUUCUCACUGGCUAUAAAGAACCUACAGUUAAUUUUGGAAAUCAGUGCAACCUUCAGUUUAGUGUAGGUUGCAAGCACAAUGCAUGAUUUCCAAGAGCAAUGUCAAAUCAGUUCUGUGUGACAGUGUCUUACUUUGUCAUUAUUUAUUUCAAAGCAAUGCAUACACUGUAAUUAUAAAACAAUAUUAUUAGAUUAAGUUAUCAAUAUCCAGAAUAGUCAAGGUCUCAGUAAGUGAUCAGCCUCAGCCUUUGGCUUGGCUUAUAAUACUUACCUCAACUUUGAUUAUCCUAGAUAUCACAAAAACCUCAUCCUUUAAUUGUUUAUAAGAAGUUGUUAUAUAUGGCUCUACUCUGUUCAGAAUUCAUAUUUAUUUAACCCUUUUAAGUCCCAAACAUCCACUUAAAUAUUCUCCAGACUGAUCUCCAUUUUCUUGUAACAUUAGUGGAAAUUUAAUAGUACUAGUGGAGAGAAUGGUAAAGAUCUGUUGGUGAUCAUUUUAUUAAUUAUGUAUAACCUUUGUACUUGAUAAUGUAUUGAAUUGUUAGGAGAAUAUUUAUUUUGGCCACUCUUGGGACUAGAAAUGUUAACAAAUUUAAUUUUCCAUUCUGCAUUUCACUUGUUAGACUAUCUAGAGGCUAAUGACUCCAUGCUGAUGGGAAUAAUGAUGAGAUUUAGAACAUUGAGUGCUACCAAUCAAUCUCUUGUACAGAUGCUUAUAGACACUUCAGACCAGGUACACUUACAGCUCCUGUUUGAGAAUGAGUUGUGGAAUACCCUUCUAACUUGUACUGAAAUGAAUUCAAAUUUACGAUGUUUUGAAACUUAAAAAAGUGAGUAAAUUCAAAGACUAUAAUUUUGAUCACCCUUAUAGCUUGUCUUGAAACACUUUUUUUAAGUCCUUGAUAAACCGUCCCAGAUAUAAAGCCCCCCAUUUAUAAGCCCUUCUAAGACCCCAAGUACGAAAAAAUAUUUGCAAGCUGUCACGAUUUGAGCCUGCAUAAACAGGCAGUAAGAAGUGAAUUUAACAACGAAAUAUCAGAGCGCACUCCCAUAAAAAAAUGUUGUUUACUUUUCCAACCAUGUCCAAUACCAGCAUUGUCAGCAAACAUUCUUUUGAGCAGUCCCUGCGGUCUCACAUUAUUUUUUGUGCGUUAAUAAAAAUCUUUUCAGGUAGAGACAGAGCAACAGAAACUCCAGGAUUUGAAUCAAGAACACACUCAAGACCUGCUGGUCAGUUGUGCAGAAUCAGUAUCAUUUAUUAGUAAUAUUUGCAUAAAUUAAUGUUAAAACUGGUUCUUGCCCCCCUCAGCAUGUGAACAAUCUUUCAGAGUUUUUUUGGUUCAGGAGAUUCUUAUUUCCCAAUAGCUGAAAAAGCUUUCAUAACUGGGAAAAUCAUUUUAUUCAGAUUAAUAAUAUUAAAUUAAUCUUUAUUGAAAUUCAUUUCUUUAUAAAUUCUUUUAUUUGCAGCUGAUGAAUAGUGAGUUGGCUGCGCUUCAAGAAAAACUUGAAGAGAGCAUGCAAAAGAAAGAAAAAAUUGACCAGUUCUUAAUCAACAGUAGGGGAAUUUUCAGGCAGCAGGUUAGGGCAGAAGAAGGAGAAGUUCCAGGCAUUCAGAUAGUGAGAAGAAGGCAAAAAAAAAGAGCGAGGGAAAAAAAAUAUCGCUUUUUUUUUUCACUUGCUCUAUUUUUUGCCUGCAAUCCAUUUUCUGAAUCACCUGGAACGGAGUACUAUACUUUUUCUUUUUAAACCUUUAAACCCUAAUAUCAAAAUUCAACUUCUCAUUCUUUGUCCCUAUAUGUUUUCAAUGGAAGUACUGGAAAGAAUUUGUUGAAGUGUCAAUAGAUUCAUCUUGUGUGACCAUGCCCUAAAUUCUCAUGACCAUGCACUCAGUUUUAUAAAGCAUUGAUAAUGUAUAACAAGGAGAAAUUUCAUGCUGAUCACCCGUAGGGCUUAAAUGGUUAAAACAUUAUAUCUAUAGGAGAGUUAAGAGGAGAGAGAAUUGCUCUUGUUUCUAAACAGAGCAAUAUGCUUUUUUGGGGUAGUGCUGUUGUCAUGUGGUCUCUACUGCACCCGUAUUUAGUGUCUGUCCUUCCCUGAAGAAGAAAGAGUGCAUGACAACACUAAAAACGGCUGUUGGGGAGAGUAGUUGUAAUGCCAUCACUGACCACCGGUGCUGAAUCAGAUGUUGUUGGUCAUUUCUUGACAGAGUGAAAUGCUCGGCUGCAUCAGAAUGGCCAUAGAUAACAUAGCAGAGAAAUGCCAACGACUCCAUACUACACCUGUAGAAUCCAUGGACGUGGAUUCAAAGUUGAAAAUUAUUCAGGUGAGUACUGUAGUCACGCUGUUACUAGAGGUUAGUGUGUGGCUGUCCCAUUCAUCUUUUUGGGGGUUUUAAGUGCGCAGGGACCAGCAUCGUAUUUUCGUAGAAAUUGGCACUGUACACAAGACUCCAAGAGUCUCCAGAAAAUUUUAAAAAAGAAGGAGAAAAUUGUAGUGCAUAGAGUACUACAUUUAUUUUCUGGGAGCCAAACCUUGGAUGAAGAUCCCGCGGCAGCUUGCUGAGAACUAAAAUGAUAUCCUUGAAGCUGAUCGGGGAGUUGAGUAAAGCGAACUCAUGGCAAACAGGAAGCAAUGGAAAACAAGAUUUACUGUGAACGGUGCCUGAGUUCACUCGAUUGAGGAGAGAUAAUUAGCAAUAGCCCCAGCGGAUACGUUUGAAGAAACAUGGGGGGGGGGGGGGGGGGGGUCUUAUUCUGUGAGUGUAUUGUUAGCCUUCUUCCAGAUCAAGUUUAGCCGUACUUUUCAAGUCUGUAUCUUAGCGUAGAUUAUAUGAAAGAUGAAAUUUUGUUGGGGAACAGGUAAUUCAAUUCUAACCGUUACUGUGUGUGUGUUUUUUCUCUUAAUAGGAACAUAUUGUAGAACACACCGACAUUGUUAAACUAGCCAGACUCCCAGAAUCCGCAGCGGCUGGUGAAGGUCUUCAACCCAGUCCCUCAAGCAUUCUAAAGAAAGAUUCCAGAAUAUCCCGCCAUGCAGUGCUAGACUCACCAUUUAAGUCCAGUCCCUCCAGGGGUGUUCGAAACUUGCAGAUGGGUCUGCGAUUUGCAGCUGAUGUGAAACAAUCCUAGCACUCGUUUGUCGCGUAUGCAAAUGAGCAGCGAGACUGUAAGGAGAAUGGGGCGGCUUUGCCGCUCGUUCGCGCGCCCCUCUUGAGCACGUUUCGCAGCUUCUUUCUCUCUCGCCAAACGAAA